AUGGCACUACUGACCAACCCCAUCCUUCCUGGCUUCCAUCCAGAUCCGAGCUGCAUUAUCGUGCCAGAUUUCAAUCACACAGUGUUUUGUGCAUCGUCCUCGUUCUCUGUCUUCCCCGGCAUACCAAUACAUGCUUCGUCGGAUCUCGACGAAUGGCGCUUGAUUUCUAACGCCGUCUCACGACCGUCUCAGCUGCCUGAUCUCGCCAUCACGAACAAGUCGACAUCUGGGAUUUGGGCACCUACGAUUCGGUAUCAUGAUGGCGCAUUCUUCGUGCUUUCAACGCUCGUAUUCGACGAUCAGCCGAUCACGAACACCUCACGAUGGGAUAACUUCAUCCUGACGACCACGAAUCCUUUCGACUCAAGUUCUUGGACAGAUCCGGUACAUUUCGAAGUCGAGGGCUAUGAUGUUAGCCCUUUCUGGGAUGAGGAUGGCUCGUCAUAUGUGCCCGGCAUCAGAUUGGCAUCACUCGAUCUGAGCACCGGCUCAGUCGGUGAAUCGAAGACGUUGUGGAAUGGAACUGGCGGUCUAGCGCCGGAGGGUCCUCAUAUCUAUCGCAAAGAUGGCUGGUACUAUCUCAUGAUCGCCGAAGGCGGCACAGGACUCAAUCAUGAAGUGACGAUCGCCAGAUCGAGAAGCUUAGACGGACCGUACAUACCGGAUCCGGCUAAUCCCAUCCUCACGCAGGCCAAUACGACGUCUUAUUUCCAAACCGUGGGCCAUGCAGACGUGUUUCAAGACCAGCAUGGACUGUGGUGGGGUGUAGCUCUGGCGACAAGAAGUGGUCCGGAGUAUCAAACCUAUCCUAUGGGCCGUGAGACCGUUCUGGCGUCCGUGGAGUGGUCCGAUGGAGGAUGGCCUGUAUGGCAGAACGUGACAGGAGCGUUCCGAAGACAACCGUCGGUUGGGGAUCGUGGGCCAGCCCCUGGACAGGGCCCACUCAUAUCUGCACCCGAUCAUCUUGAUUUUGCGCCUGGGACAGCACUGCCACCGCAGCUCGUGCAUUGGCGGUUGCCCAUUUGUCAGAACUACGUAGUUUCUCCGCCAGGACAUCCAUACACCCUCGAGAUCACUGGGUCGAGACUCAAUCUGACCGGUCUGGACGGCAACUACGCUGGUCCACAAGGGCAGACUUUCAUCGCUCGUCGUCAGACAGACAGUUUCUUUGUCUUUUCAGUUGAUGUUAUAGCGAAUCUGAUCGGCGAGGAGCACGAAGUCGGAGUGUCGGUCUUGAACUGA